AUGCAUACCACCCACCUAACCCUCCUCCCUCUCCUCACCCCCCUCGCCACAUCCUCCCUCAUCCGCCGCCAAUACGUCGACCCCGAAAUCCCCAUCCCAGGCCAACAAUCCUGCGUCCGCCAAUGGUACGGCUUGGGCCUCGACCACUGGGAGACCGACGAGAAGCUCUGCUUCACAACCUGGGUGGGCGCCAUCUAUGACAACGCUCGCGGCUGCCCGGACAUUUUCAACGCCCUGAGUGACGACUACGGCGCUGAUAUGCUCGAUUGGAAAUGUGAGGCAGGAAAUGUGCAAACCCUGUCAGGCCCGGGGAAUGAGGAUUUUACCAAGUUGCAUUUUUGUGCGUUGGUGCAUAGGGAUGAUUUUUUGGAUGCGGAUAUUACGGCGAGGGUGUGUGCGGUGGUUGAUGGGGCGCUUGAGAGGAUGUAUGCGGGGAUUAUUAAUGAGUUUAAUUGUGGUUAUUGA